AUGCCCGAACAGUCCGAAAAUGGCCUAAUUGAAAUAACUUUACAACAGCCAUCGCCUGCAGAAUUUAACCUUGUCACACUCCCAGGAAUUAUUGACAAACUUAAUUUACAACAACAGUUUGUCUUUAACACUAUUAUUGAGAAACUGCAUAACAAGAAACCUUAUGUCUGUUUUGUUGAUGGACCAGCUGGUACUGGGAAAACUUUCUUAUACACUGCUAUUUUGUCAUACACAUCUGAUCAUACCAUUAAAUCUAUUGCUGUAGCAACAUCUGGAUUUGCUGCAUCGCUCCUUCCUAAUGGACAAACUGCCCACUCAAAAUUCAAAUUGCCAUUGGAUAUUAAUGAGCAUAAGACUUGUCAGAUAAGCAAACAGUCUACCUUAGCAAAUGAGUUACGACAUACCGACCUAAUUAUUUGGGAUGAAAUUUCAAUGGCAAGACGUGAACUAAUUGAGGCUUUUGACAUUACUAUGAGAGAUAUUAUGGAUAACAACAUCAGUUUUGGUGGUAAAGUUAUAAUCUUCGGGGGGGAUUUCCGUCAAAUUACUCCUGUCAUAAGAGACGGAACAAAGGACCAGUACAUCGAAGCAAGUUGUGUAUCGUCUCCUCUAUUUACACAUGCAGAUAAGUUUCACUUAACUGUCAACAUGCGAGCACAAAACGAUAAAUCAUUUGCAGCAUUUCUUGAGGAAGUAGAGAACAACUCUUGUGUAAAUAACAACAAAGGAGAGAUUCAGAUCCCAACAACUUCAUUGAUUACCUCUGAAAAUAAUGACUUGUUGCAACUAAUUGACAAGAUCUACCCACAUAAUUUACUCCAUCCAAGUUCCUCUGCUGCAUUAAUUGGUAGAUCUAUAUUGACACCAACCAACGAGACAGUUGAUACUAUUAACAAUCAAAUAAUUGAAAGCAUGUUUGGAGAACCAAUCGUACUAAUUGCAAGAGAUGUAACUAAAGAUCCAUCACAACAAGCACAUUAUGAAGAUUACCUAAAUACUUUGACACCUAAUGGUAUGCCACCUCAUAGAUUAGUUUUGAAGACAGGUGCACCAAUAAUGCUAUUGCGUAACUUAGACCCCACAAAUGGCCUUUCAAAUGGUACACGGCUUGUUUGCAAGCAAAUUACACACAAUCUCUUACAAGCAGAGAUUGCAACUGGCCCGCAAAAAGGAACUUUAUGCUUCAUACCACGAAUACCUUUAAAGCCUAACAAUAUACAUGAAUGCUCUGUUGAGUUCAUACGUACUCAAUUUCCAGUGAAGUUGUGCUUCUCAAUGACCAUUAACAAAUCACAAGGGCAGACAUUAGACGUUGUUGGAGUGUACAUGAAACAACCAGUAUUUAUGCAUGGCCAACUAUAUGUUGCACUAUCACGAGCAAAAUCUUUUGACUCUUUGCAUGUCCUCAUUCCUUCAGACAUCAACACUGGAAUGCAUUGUUCUUGGACGAGAAACAUAGUUUACAAGAAGCUUUUACAAUUGGCUGGCAUUAAUAUACCUCCACUUCCAAAUCCCACAUAG